CCCACAAUGCAGCGGGGUAUGCUGGUCGCUGUUUUGAGCAGGGCCGUGGGGUCUUAAACAUGAACGGGACGAUGGGGACAGCCGAGCCCUGAUCAACUCCUCAAACUUUUAAGUGGCCUGUCUCCCUGGUCAUCUUCACUGAGCUGUUGGGAACGGGGACAAGCGUGGCAGGACAGGAGGGAUGGACGAGUCCUUAAGUUCAGUGAAAUCAGUCAGACAGUCUCAGUCCAGAGGAGCCAAGGCCUCGUCUGCUCAGAAGUCCAAUAAAGAGGCUUCUGUGCAGAGAGAGGGGGUCAAGUCUGCGCUGCGGAGCAAAGAAAACCUCACGGCUGCCAAGGAUGAUCGAAACGCAGGCGGCCAGGUGAGCCGCGCACCUGGCAGCACGUUUCCAGAUGAGAAGAAGAGAGGACGGCCCAGCAGAGGGACCAGACUGUCUGGAAGAUCAAGUUCUGGGGAGAGCAGCAAAGGCAAGGGGGCAAACUCUCAACAUCAGCCUUCCGAGUCCAGGACGCCCAUUUGUGCAGACACCUGCAGCUCCUCGACUAACAGAGAGGCCACCUCUCCGUUGGUGCCUGCUACAACUGGGAGGGGCCUCGCACAGCAGGACCACGCCUCAACUGGAGCUUCAGCGAAGGACAAGUCCCACGUCCUGAAGGCUGCAGCUUCGAUGCAGCAGCCCAGAGGAGAGGAGGCAGAGGAGAGGCCCGCUGCAGAGGAAGGACACCUGACGGAGCAGCAGCUGGGCCUCCGGCAGGUGGAGGAGCGCCUCUACAGAGACCACAUCCACCGGCUGCUAAAGCCAUCUCCUGAGUACCCAAACUAUCAAUACUUAUGCAAACUUUGCUCUGUGCACAUCGAUAACAUCCAAGGAGCCUACAAACACAUCAAGGAGAAGAGACACAAGAAGAACUUAGUGGAGAAACAGGAGGAGAAUGAGCUGCUCGCCAUCCCGCCGCCUUCCCCCGCCCAGCUGAGGGCGUUGGACGCCGCCGUCCUGGACACCGCCCGUCUGCACGGGAUCUCAGAGGAGGACUUGGAGGCUCGGAAGGCGGUGGUGUCGAGGAUGGAGGCGGUCGUCACGAGGCACCUCUCAGCUUGUUCCCUUCGCCUCUACGGUUCGUGUCUGACCCGUUUUGCUUUCAAAACGAGCGACAUCAACAUCGACGUCACGUUUCCUUCCACAAUGACCCAACCUGAAGUUCUGAUUCAGGUGCUGGAAAUCCUCAAAAACAGCCCUGAAUUUUCGGAGGUUGAGUCGGAUUUUCACGCCAAAGUUCCCGCCGUGUUCUGUCGGGAUCGGAGCAGCGGCCUGCCGUGUAAAGUGAGCGCAGGUAACGGCAUCGCCUGUCUCACCACCAGUCACUUGGCAGCUUUGGCUAAACUGGAGCCCAGACUGGUUCCGCUGGUGCUGGCCUUCCGCUGCUGGGCCAGGAUGUGUCACAUCGACUGUCAGGCUGAAGGCGGCAUCCCGUCGUACUCCUUCGCCCUGAUGGUCAUCUUCUUCCUGCAGCAGAGGAAGGAGCCCAUCCUCCCCGUCUACCUGGGCCACUGGAUCGAAGGUUUCGAUGUGAAACGCGUCGACGAGUAUCACCUAACGGGGAUCGUUCAGGAAACGUUUGUCAAAUGGGAGCGGAGACGUCCGAGCGCCUCAGAGGGACGAGGGGAGAACCACAGCGAGGCCGGAGGAGACGGCACAUCCAAACCAGAGCCGAGUAAAUGUGAUGCUGCUCGUCCUUCGGUGGGACAGAGCCGUUUGGCCUCGGGCCUGACGAAGGACGCGUCUCUGGGCCGGCUCUGGCUGGAGCUUUUCCGUUUCUACACCCUGGAGUUCGCUCUGGAGGAGUACAUCAUCAGCAUCCGCUUGAAGGAGCUCCUCUCCAGGGAGGCCAAGAACUGGCCCCGCCGCAGGCUCGCCAUCGAAGAUCCGUUUGCCUUUAAGAGAAACGUUGCCCGGAGCCUGAACAGCCAGAUGGUGUUCGAGUACAUCCAGGAGUGCUUCCGCGCUGCGUACAAAUACUUCGCCUGCCCUCAGAGGAGGAGGCGCGCCGGAGGAGGAAGGGGCAAAAAGAGAGGUGAAAGGAUGGGGCAGCAGGAGGAGAAGGAGAGAGACGAUGAAGGUGGUUUAGAUCUGAUGGGUGAUGGGAAGAGACCCUCGUCCUGCGACAGCCUGCCGGACAGUGAAGAUGAGGAGGAGAACCAGGUUCCAGAGAGAGAAGCUGGGUCCCACGAUCUGCUCUACGUGUUUGAUAAAAUGAUUUUCACCGGAGGAAAGCCUCCAACUGUCGUGUGCAGCAUCUGCAAACGGGACGGCCACCUAAAGGACGAUUGUCCCGAAGACUUCAAGAAGAUCGAGCUGAACCCUCUGCCUCCGAUGAACGACAGGUUCAGGAAUAUCCUGGACGGACUCUGCAAACUGUGCUACUACGAACUGUCCCCUUCGCACGUAGAGCAGCAGAAACGGGAGCAGAUCCUCGUCGGCCUCGAGAGGUUUAUAAGAAAGGAGUACAACGAGAAAGCUCAGCUCUGCUUGUUCGGCUCGUCCAAGAACGGUUUUGGUUUCCGGGACAGCGACCUGGACAUCUGCAUGACUCUGGAGGGUCACGAGACUGCAGAGAAGCUGAACUGUAAAGAGAUCAUCGAAGGACUUGCGAAAGUAUUAAAGAAACAUUCAGGUUUGAGGAACAUUCUGCCCAUCACCACAGCUAAAGUGCCUAUUGUGAAGUUUGAACACAGACAAAGUGGACUGGAGGGAGACGUGAGCCUUUAUAACACCCUGGCCCAACAUAACACACGAAUGCUGGCGACGUACGCCGCUCUGGAUCCACGCGUGCAGCUCCUCGGUUACACCAUAAAGGUCUUUGCAAAGCGCUGCGACAUCGGGGACGCCUCCAGAGGAAGCCUCUCGUCUUACGCCUACAUCCUGAUGGUGCUUUACUUCCUGCAGCAGAGGCAGCCGCCGGUCAUCCCCGUCCUGCAGGAGAUCUUCGAUGGUAAGACUGUUCCGCAGCGGAUGGUGGACGGCUGGAACGCUUUCUUUUUUGACGACCUCGCCGAGCUGCGUCAGCGCCUGUCCAACUGUCAGCCGAACACGGAGUCGGUGGGAGAGCUGUGGCUGGGGCUGCUCCGGUUUUACACAGAGGAGUUUGACUUUAAGGAGCACGUCAUCAGCAUACGUCAAAAGAAACGCCUCACCACGUUCGAGAAGCAGUGGACCAGUAAAUGCAUCGCUAUCGAAGAUCCUUUUGAUUUAAAUCAUAAUCUUGGUGCUGGAGUGUCUCGCAAAAUGACCAACUUCAUCAUGAAGGCCUUCAUAAACGGGCGGAAGCUCUUCGGAGUGCCGUUCUUUCCCAUCCCCGGCACCGAAGUGGACUACUUCUUCGACUCGAAGGUGUUGACAGACGGAGAGCUGGCGCCCAACGACCGGUGCUGCAGGAUCUGUGGGAAGAUCGGACAUUACAUGAAGGAUUGCCCAAAGAAACACAGAAUGAAGAAGAAGGACAACGAGAAAGAUGAAGACUCCAAAGAGGACGAGCGGGACUUGAAGGAGAGACGUUGUUUCCAUUGUGGGGACGUUGGACACGUACGGAGAGACUGUCCCGAGUACCACCACCUGAAACAGAGGAACGCUGGGCCCCCAGCUCCUCACAUGGUUCGGGCCGUGGCAAGCUCCCAGUCGAUACCGAUCCCUCAGAGCGCCGCGGACGGUCCCGGCAGGACCAGACAGCUUUCUGAAUGUUCCGACAGUCUGCAGACUCCGCCUUACUCCCCGCAGCCCGCCGCUGUCCCACAGAGCUCCCCCCUGUCUUCAGGUUCCCCUCAGCCCUCCCACAUUAAGACAAGUUCUGUUCUGCAGAAGACGCCCCCCCAACCACAGGUCCCUCUGUCUCUCUUUAGUUUUCCCACCUCCCAUUCGUGCCAGUAUCAUCCAGGUGCUCUCACCGCCCUGGGGCUUCUUCCCUCCCACCAGUCUCACCAGUCCUCGGGCCAGCCCCCUCACCCAGUCCACAUGUCCUCCACCUCCUGGCCCAUCCACGGCCCGGUCCUCACGUCGUCCUCUGCCACCGUCCCCUCCCCGCCCGGCCUGAAGUUCGCCCUGCGUUCAGUGUCAGGGAACGGGAGUCCCGCGGGCGCCGGGGGAAGCCCCGGCUCCAUGAACCUGAACGACCCGAGCAUCAUCUUCGCGCAGCCGGCAGCGAGACAGCUGGGCGUGGGGGGGCUGGGGAGGGAGGGACUCUGGCACAACCACCUGGCACAACCUGGGUCACUCGUGAACAACGGCACUGUGGUGAAGUCAGAGUCCGGUCACCAGGCCCAGUUGGAAGCUCUGAGCCAGGCCUCGCGGUUAUGGGAGCACAACAAACGCCCGCAGUACACCCUGUCUCCAUCGUGGCCCUACAGGAUGCCCCAGAGCUUCAUGCAGCAGGGCAACGGGGACUUCCAGCCAGGCAAGACCUUUGUGGCCCAAGGUUCUGUGCUGCACCCAAACCCAAACUUCCCUCUGGUUCCUCACGUCCGCCAUCCAGUCAACCUGAACUUCAUCCAACAGAAGAAAUAAUCUUUUAAAUUUGGUUACGGUCAGUAAAACGACAUCACGCGGACAAAAGAUCUUUUUAAUGAAUUUUAUCAUUCUUGUACAGAUUUUAUUUUAUUUUUGUUCUCAUUGCAUUGAUUUGUGAUACAAAUGUUAAAUAUUUUAUUACCCCUGUUUUUGAGGGGGUCCAAAAAAGUGUUUUUUUUUUAUUUUCUGUGUAAAGAAGAAGUAAAAAAAAGUCAGCCUUUAUUUUUAUUAGCUGUGUUUGCGCUUUGCUCGCUGACAGUUGAAGUUUGAGCUUUGAGUAGAUGUUUGUUUCAAAAACAAUCUAACGCGUCGCCUCAAGUCCAGCAUGUAGUUCCAAAAGCAAGAGAUGGCAAAAAGAUAAAAAGAACAAAAAAAAUAAAGAAAACAA